AUGGAGCCUUCCCAUCCCUCAUCUCCAGGACCGUCCCCGAAUCCUGUGGGUUCACCCAUGAGUGCACCUCAACAACAUCCCAUUUCUUCUACAGGAUCCAUGCCUGGAGGACCAAGUAAUGUGCCCCCGCAUGGAGGUCCCCCUUCCCAGCAACCUGGCUCCCCGAUGGGAACCCCGCAACCACCCAACCCAUCUUCUCCAUAUGGACCCAUGCAUCCACCGGCUCCUUACGGUGGUGGUUCUUCUCCAGGACAGUUCCAACCCCCUUCGUUUCAUGGACCUCCCCCAGCCGUACCCUCCCCGGGUGUUGUUCCACCUCCACAAAUGCAUCCCAACCAUCCUCAACCUCCAUCCAACACUCCCCCCAUGCAGAUGCCCCCGCCUCAGGGGUUCCAACCCUCAAUGGCUCCUUACCCUCCCCAGCAGUACCCUGUUUCCCCCGCCAGCCAACCCCUGCCUCCUCGUCCUCCUCAUCCUUCAUAUGGUGGAGGUUAUCCGCAGACUCCCUUCCCCCAGUAUUCGCCCCAUCCCCAUGCCGCUCACCCAUACUACCACCAGAACCACCCCUAUCCUCCCCAGUACCCACCUCCGCACAUGUCGGCGCGCCCGCAUCACCCUCACCACCCCUACCACAUGCCUCCCCAGCAGCAACCGCAGCAGGAUGCUCAGGGACAUCAGAUGACAAAAACAUAA